UCCUACAGCAACAAAACUUGGUGAAAAAAAAAUGUGUGAAAACUCCUUGAAUUGUUUUAAUAUGUGAUAAAAAAUAGCUCCUCGCUAUGGCUAGUUUACUAGGGCAUCUCCAUGUAUGGUCUAUGAAGAAAUUGCGCCCUGGAAUAGGGAGUGACAUUGGAAGCCACAGCUACCACGAUAAGUCUUUAGSCACAAAUGAAGACAGCCAUACACAAUAUCGCAGACUCUGGGCUGAAGAACGAGGAAUUUCUUGGACUCCUAAGAAUAAAAGACCAGAAAGACUUAGAGAUAGUCUCAAAGAAACUGAGGAGACUUUGCAGAACUUUAAAGUUAUUGUAACAAGAUGGAGAACUUUGAGAACUUUACAGCUAUUAUUUUAUAAUGGAACAGUUAUCACAUGCCUGGUUUCCAGUCAUUCUGGUGAUGUAGAAAAGAUAUUUAUUGAUAAGUCAUUGGUGGGAAAAAUUCCUGACCAAGUGUGCAGUGCUAUCAUUACUGAAGGAUUUCUUGUCUUUGCUUUCCUUGACAAAUCUAAGUUGCUAUAUGUUCACUUGUCGAAAAAGUCUAGUUUGGAUUUCAAGAAAGCUGAAAAAAUUUCAUCCCUGGAACCCAAGCUUUCAUUUACUGAUCUUGUUGGUCCUACCAGUAAAAGAAUGGAAAGGCACCUGUCAAUCAAUCAAAGACAAGACAUGAUUGCAGUUUGGUGGGGUUCACAAAGUGAAGAAGUGUGGCCAUGGUCUCCCAUGACUGGAGAAAAGGACAGGUCCAAUAUGAUCAUCUUCGGCAUUAGUGGCACAAAGCUGGAGAUGCUGUGUUUUGUCAGAACAGACUGCGAUCCAAUUGAUUUAUCGUUUAGUCACAAUCAGCCUCAUCAUGUUCUUACUUUGGAACAGUCCUUAAAUGAUGAAGAAACCUCAAGUGUUGAUAACUGCAUCUAUGAAUACACAAAGAAUAAGAUUGAAAGAGUUGCUGUCACCACAAUACCAAUAAACUCUGCUGUAAAAGUUCAAAAACGCAACCAAGCAGAAGAUAAAUUGCUUAUAGGCUGUGAGAAUGGAACCCUUAUGCUUUAUGACAGUCAUAGAAGAAUAACACAGAUGACAAACGCAGCCGUGACGCCCUAUUACAUUCAGUGGCACCCAGCAGAUGUGGUUGUCCUUGUAUGUGGAGAGAAAGGUGAAAUUCAGGUAUUUGACAUGGCUUUGGCGCCACUGUUUAUUCAACUCCUUGCUGCAAACCCGCAGCCUCAAAGAGUCCUGCAACUGAACAAAUAUUUCCAGAAUCCUCCAAGGCUUGACAUUGUCACGUGGUCAUGCGAGGCACCAAUAAUGAACAUCACCGAAGGAAGUGUUGGUUGUCAUGACAACUUGUUAAUCUUGUUCGAUGGAGGUCCUAUGUGCAUGAUAAGAGUUGAACUUGGUGUCUUGAGUCAUGGUAAACUCGGUGCAGUGGAGCUGGUCAGUGAAUACAUCAAACAUGAACAGGGAGAACAGGCUGUAAACUUUCUAAAUAGCAUGAAUUGGAAUACCGAAGGCAAUGCUUGCUUUGCCUGUAUGACGCUGAUCAUGACUUACUUGCUACGACUAACACUCAACUCGGAACGCGAGGGUCUUCUCGAGGAGACACUUGGUAGCUUUUAUGCGCCUAGUCGGCCGCUUAGUGACGUCACAGUCCUUCAGUUCAGGGAUCCCAUCAGUAGAUUGUCACGACGGUUUUUUCAUCAUCUCUUGAGAUACAAGAGGUUUGAGAAAGCGUUUCUUCUUGCUGUGGAUAUUGGCGCCAAAGACUUGUUUAUGGAUAUCCACUAUCUGUCAAUGGAUGUUGGGAACUAUGCUUUAGCUGAUGUCGCAAAACAAAGAGCAAUACAGAUCGAUAACGAAUCAUUAAGUGCUUCAGACACUGGAGAAUCAUACGAUGAAGACUCAUACGAGGGCUCUGUUGAAAAUGACCGGGAAAACGUGGAAACGAGAGAUUACAGAUCACGUGAAAACAAUGUGAACCAAUCACGAGGAAGAAUUCCAGAGAGAUACAACCAAGAUUCACCAGCUAGUUCAAGUCCUUACUCGUCGAGAAGAGGAGUGGAUUCAUCACCCCAGCCUUCUUCGUCAGAAAGCUCGAAUCAUCAGGAACCUUCUACGUCUGGAGCUGCAUCUGGAGGAACUCUAAAGAUAGUACAUUUUGGCGUGGUUUGAAAGUAUUUGCAAUCUUAAUAGAACUUUUAUACAUGAUCUAAGGCAAUUAUUGGGACCAUGACUAAACAAUUCUUGAUCUCCUCCCCCUACCUUUUCACCUGUUUGAAUUAAAUCGCCAUUUCCUGAUCCGCAUUCCUGGUAUAUUUGAAAACAUUCUCGUACCCAGAUCCUUCUCAGUUUGUCAUCGGUAUACGGUCUCUGGAUGGAGACGAAUCAAUCUUUGAUUCGAUUGGUUCAAAAAUUCCCAUGCAUCAUUAGCAUGCAUGUAUCGUACGACGCAGAUUUUGGGUCUAUCUUCGAUUUUCCAUUGGAAACUGAAAAGAAUCUGGGUACGAGGAUAAUUUGAAAACAUUUACAAAUUUUGAGGAAACUCUAUGCAAAACCUUAAAGCUCCUUCAAAUAGAUGUUAUAAGUAAUCGCUGUAUAUUAACCUAAAUUCGAAUAUUUGAUUAGUGAAAAUGAGAGCUCACAUUAUUAUCACGCUAAAUGAAGAUGUAUUCUAAGUUUUUAUAUUUAUUAUGUAUAAAAAUUAAUGCCAUAUAAUAAAUAUCUAAUAAGUCAAUUGA